CGUAUCCAUAGAAACCACUGCACAUACCCAUAGUUACGACAUCUGGGAGAGUUUGCUUCCUUAGUUACCACAUUUAUACGAACACUAUCCAGGACGCCGUUGUUAGUAAGUUGUUUUGUCUAGCAUUUCUCCAAAGCGUUUGAAAAUAUAAGUAUUUCUGGAUACCGCUAACGUUACUACUAACGUUAGGUCACGCUAUGAAAAUUACCAAAGGUAGUUUGGAUGACAUUUCCCUACCUGCGUCUUGCACGAAAACCAGUAGCCCUGUAUUCAGUGUGCCAUUUUCUCAUGUUGACAGAAGUUUUCCCACUCAACCACAGUCCGCUGUUGCUUUGACUAGUGAUACUACUGAUAUGCAGGACCACAGUAGCUCAGAAGAAAAGAUGAAGAACUCAUCUGGCAGAGGUCCAGACAAAGAUCAGGACCAUGUAGAUGCCAGUGAUGAAGAGGAUGAAGACUCCAAACUGCAGAAGGCUCUUGAUGAAAUUAGAAGACUUGAUGAAAUCCUCUCUGCAAUGAUGAGCAGAGAAAAAGAAGUGAAGCGUCAAGGGAAGGAGCUUAGAGAGAAAAUGUGGCAAGAAUUACAGCAGAAUGACCCUAAACUGGGCUCUCAAAGUGCACACGAAGCUGCAAACACAAGACUGUUUUUGGCUCUUGAAGUACGCAGUGGACUCAAAGAGGAAGCUGACGUUGAGCCUGUGUUUGAAACCGAGCUGCUUGACCAAGAGUAUGACAUCGGACACACAGAGCAAAGUGACACCCAGCUGGAUGGCACAACAGAGUUAUUUGAAGUGGACCAUGAAGAUACAGUGCAAGACCAAUCUGAGGGCAACGACUGCAGGGCUUCCAAGGCCACGAAAAAACACACAAAAAACUUUGUGAACAAACUGGUGAGCAGCAAGGGAGGCCAAAUGCUUAUGACCCAGGCAGAGAAGGAGCGUCUUGCCAUGCUCCUCAGAGACGUAGAGGAAGAAGAAGACGGCAGUGCCAGAGAUGCAGACGACGAGGCAUAUAUGGGAGCUGUGUGGAUGGUGAAAGGCCAGGGUUACACCCCAAACCCAUCUGAACUGGAACAGCUGACCGAAAUUGACUCCAGAAUACGCCUUCUCCUUUCUGAUGAAGAACAUCUCUCGGUGCAAAGCUUCUAUACAGACCUAAGCAUGUCUCAGGGCUAUGGCUCGGAGGCGAGCUGGGAACUUGACGGGGACCCGCAGCCAGGAGAGAAGGUCCUGCAGGAUGUAAGGGAGAGGCAAGAGCAGGAGAGGCGCCUCCAAGAGAUCGAACAGCAGCUGGAGACACUGGACCAGGGCCACGAGAUGACUAAUGAGUCAGCGACACUUACAGAGGAGCAGUUACAUCGCCUGCUGGAGGAGUGUGAGCGUACACAAAGCCGGACACAGGAUUUUUGGACGGGGGACACAACAUCACAGCACUCUAUCUCAGACACAGAUUCCCCUCUACUGUCUGAGGCACUGCUGUCACAGCUGCUCCACGAUACAUACACCACCAGCUUCAGUGGGCUGGAGAGUGGAACCUGUCAGGAAUAAGUGUCAGUGCUUGGGGUGGUAGUACCAGCCUUACACCUUUAGACUUAAAAUGACUUGUUCCAAGAGAUUAUCAUCUUAUAAUGCAAAAUAUGUUUAGAAAAAUGUGUUUAGAAAUAUAUUCUGAUGCAGUGUUUUCUGUUCUCAUCAUUUUGUCAAUAAAGCACCCAUUUGAACUGCA